AAAGCAGCCAAGCACCAAUCUAAAUCAGCUCUCAGAAGAGGGGAGGCAGAUCCAGUCUUGCCUCAGCAGCCAGGGCCGAGCCUGUCUCUUUCCCAACCCCACAGCACUUUUCAAGCCUUCAGUUUUGCUGGUGAAGGGGGCGAAAUAUGGCUGGGGCAGUUACAGAAAACAUGAGCACUAAAAAGCUGUGCAUUGUUGGAAGGAUCUUGCUGAUUUCCCAAGUCAUUGCUUUUCUAGUGGGAGGUCUGAUGGCUUGGCCAAGAGCUACUAGCCAGCGAAACCCUAUUGUCAUAAAAUGCAUAAAUGUACAAAAACCCCACCACCAAACCAAAUGGCUAAUGCCCUGGGGACCCAGCCAGUGUGAGAAGAUCCAAGAUCUUGACGAGGAAAUGAGCAGACCAAUAGACAUCGGUGAUAUUGUGUUUGCCGUUCACUUCCCUCUCCCCAACAGGGAGAUGAGCUCCUGGCUCCAGUUCAUGAUUGUCACCAUGCAGCUGGACAUCGUGUUCAAGAUGGAUAAUGCCAUCAAAGACAAUGCAGAGAUUACAUUUGACAUGUCACUGGCUUACUGUGAUGACAUGGUCGCUGAAUGGACAGAAAUGGCACAUGCAGUACAGACCCAAAAGCUAAAAUGCUCCUUUGCAUCUUCAAAAGUAAAUUAUGGGACACAAUUUAGACAGGGGUCCACUACUUCUUUAGUAUUCUUAUGCUUCACAGGAUUUAGCUGCUACAUCCAUCCUAGAGAACAUGAAGGCCGAUUCUAUGAUUGUGAUAUGCUGCCUUUCAUGGAAAUUGGAAGGGUGGCUCACUUAUUCUACCUCCUCAACAUUCAACUGCCUGUGAAUGAAAGUCAGGGAGUUAAUGUGGGCACUGGAGAAAUAAAGGAUGUUUGCCUGAUAACGCUGACAGACAAGGUAACAUGCCAGGAGGUCCAGCAGGAAUUCCACAGAAACCUUCAACAAUGCCCAGAGAAAUCCACAUUCUCCUCCCCAUAUUCUGUUGAGAUCGAUGUUGCACAGUUGGAAACCAAAAGCCGGAAAGCUGCAGGGGUUGAUGGCAUUCCUCCAGGGUUUCUCAAGAACCUGGCUCAGCUGAUGGCAUUCAUUACAAUAGCUGGCAUCUGUCUCUGUCUCUACUUCUUGUUUCUGUGCUUCCUGGUGUUUAAAGUUUUUCAGAACUUCCAUGGAAAGUCAUUAAGUCUCUCACCCAUAAAGAAGACUUGCAGGAUUCAGUAUCAGGAGCUGAAUAUCAGCUUCAAGUUCUUGAUGGUCAUCACCUUGAUUUGUGCUGCCAUGACUAUCAUCAUCUUCAUUGUCCGGCAGGUGGCUGAAGGGCACUGGAAAUGGGGGAACUUGUUCACAGGGUACAUGAAUGGGGCCUUCUUCACAGGCAUUUAUGGUAUGUGGAACCUUGUCUUCGCUCUUCUGUUCCUGUAUGCGCCUUCACAUGAGAAAUUUGGCAAAGAUCAGCAACUAACGUAAACUGGGCUGUGGAGCUGUUCUUAAUCCGUUGCAUACUGAAGUAAAGUGGUGGUUACUGCUGUUUGCACAUCCAGCAGAACUGUACCAGUAGAGGGCCCUGUGAGAGAAUCCUAGAGCUGGUGAAAUGUCUAGCGAGCAUCUGUUUCUCCAAGGGAAAUUUGUAUUGUUAUUGGCUGGAUUUAGAGCUCUUAGCACAUGGCAGCAAAUGAAAAAACAGAUCUGGAAAGUAACAAAUUGCAAAUGCCCCUUGCCUUUCAUUGGGACAUAGGUGCUACUGACAUUUUUUUAGACACUGGUAAUAAACCACUAAAAA